AGCCAUCUUCUCUGUGCUGGACCUGAUGAGGGUGGACAUGGCUAACUUUGCUCUGAGCAGCAUCAGGCCGCAUCUCAUGCAGCAGUCGGUUGAGUACGAAAGGAACAAGUUCCAGGAGUUUUUGGAGAAACAACCCAAUGCCUUAGACUACACUAAGAAGUGGCUGGAGGAAACGGUGAAGUUCCUGAGAGAAACGGACGGUUGUGGCGCUGCCUCCGAUCAGUCUUCAUCGCUCGCUUUCCUAAACGUUCACAAUCAGGCAUAUCUCCGCCUGCUCAGGUGGGACCACGCUGUGGAUCUCUUCCCAGAGACGGUUCUGAUGGAUCAGGUCCGGUUCCAGGAGAUGCAGCAGGAGGCCGAGCGGUUAGUUCUGCUCUCCUCUGUGCUCCUGAUAGUCUACACGACGACAGGAGAGGCCAUCUCAGGCCUGCCAGGACUGAUGGAGACCCUUAAAAACACUGUCAGCAUCAUGCUCGCAGACAUGCACGCACAGUCUUUUAAUAUACGGGAGGCCUUAGCGACCAUCGGGGAGAAACUGUGUGUUGAGCUGAGUCACUGCCUGAGCCACCAUGGAUACUCGCCGUUUUCAGCCGACCGUAAGGGUGCCCUGAUGGGACAGAUCUCCGCCAUCGCCGAGCCAGACAACACCGUCCGUAAGCUGAUGGACUCCCGGGUUCAGAGCUACCUCCUGGCUUCCCUGGAGUCCAGUCAACACAAGACCCCGCCUCCUCUCCCGGGCGGUCUGGCUCCCAUCAGCAGGGAGCUCAAAGAGCUCUCGGUUCGCUUCAGCCGCCUGGUCAACUUCAACAAGCUGGUCUUCUCCCCGUUCUACCAAAAGAUCCUCCAGGAAAUCCUGACGUCGGGGGAGAGCCCCGGCACGCAGACAUAGAGAGGAUCGGUGUGGCGAGGGGAUCUGCGGUUCUGCUGUUGCCCCUCUGUAAAGGGAAGCCAGCUCUGCAGAAUGUGCACCUUAAACUCACCUGAUCUAAACAAAAACACCAAUUCAGUUCUGAUUACUCACAGUGUUAUUUAAUCAAUAAAAUAGUAAUAAUUGUGACUUUUACAUUAGUUGUGCUGGCAUAAACUUAAAUGGUAUCACUAGCAGGGGUUCUGUUGGAGAACUGACUAUUUAUUACGGUUGCAAUAAGACAUAGGGUGGUUAUCGGUGUCAAGGAAUACUGCAGUGUUAAAAACAAAUUUUUUGUCAUACGGUUAUGGUUUAAAUGUUUUUUUUUAAGAUACCAAAGACAAAAUGUUUUUUUUCUCUCCACUCCAGUCACGUGAAGCGCCGAGCAGCGCUCCGCCUUUCCUACCUUUUGCUUCGAGCCAUCAUUCAGUCGUGUUUCAUAGUCGAGGAGGGAUAUCUCCUAAACUUUUAUACAACCAAACGACAUGUCUUUAUAUAAGAUAACGUCGGUUAGUUGUACAUUUGGUCUGGUGGAAAACUGAGUUAGAUAUGAAGAUUUAAAAGUGAUGAAAACAAAAAUAAACCCUUUCAUGUGGAAAUUACACAAAAACAAUUGUUUUCUGACUGUGUAUGCCUCUUGUCUGCAGAACAAGCUGUUUAAAUACAGAAAGGUUAAAAAUAAUGUGACAUAACGCAUAAUACGGCCCCAUUUCUGUUCACGUUUGCUGUUAUUUGUUGAUGGACUGAAACAUGCAUUUUACAUUUUUGUAAUUUACGUUUGUGACUUUUGAGACAAAUUUUUCAUGCUGAUAAAACACUCUUGGAUCGGUUCAUCGUGUGAUGAAUAUAAUCCUGACAAAAACACGAUUUGCAUAAAUAAAGUUGUCCAAAUAAAUUUACUAAAGGGAAGGUCAACAAGUACUGUGGUCUGACUGAACUAGCUGUUUAAAUGUUACUUAGCUUUAGCUUUCUUUUUUUCUUCUUUAAUAACGGAUUGUUAAUUCCUGUUGGUUCUAUAGAUGUUGAACUAUUUUAUUUUGAUGGACUCUUGUUUUUGAGUCUAACAUUUGUCUUUUGCAACUGCUAAAUGCAAAACUUUUAAGUUAUGUUUCUUGUUCUCCAAAUGAGUAACACCGCGACUGAUUCACUGCACAGAUGUUUGUUGUUGAGUGUUCACAAAAUGAGCAAAUAAAGCAUUAUUUGUCCCUCAAAA